CACCACCUAUUGCUCUCUCUGUUCUUUUCUUCAACUUAGGCUUUUGUACGUGAAAACCAGUAGACAUAGUAUCGAAACUCAUUGGUAGCAACUACAGCGCUUAUACGAAAAACCCAGCAAUAUUAGCAACAGUCGAUGCCGGUCAAUCUCAUUCCAGGCGAGUUCUCGCCAUUCACAAUUGCCGUCGCUGUACUCAGUGGCUUCAUUGUGUUUUUCGGCUAUGUUUCCAUGUUCCUCAAGGAACGUCUUUUCUUGUCCGAAGCAUUCGUGGCACUGAUUGUCGGGAUCAUUGCUGGUCCGCUUGUUGCCAAUGGCAUCAAUCCGUACGGCUGGGAUAACAAUGAUGAGAUAACCAAGCAGCUGACCCGCUGCAUUAUUGCUAUCCAGGUGAUGGCCGUUGGAAUUGAAUUACCAAAACACUAUCUCAAGAAAGAGUGGCUGACAAUGUUCAUGCUCCUGAUUCCCGUCAUGCUGUUUAUGUGGCUCGUCAGCGGCCUGUUUAUUUACCUGCUGGUACCACCCAUCAACUAUCUCGAAUCUUUGGUGAUCGCCGCCUGUGUCUGUCCGACUGAUCCUAUUCUGGCCAAUUCGGUUGUGAAGGGCAGAUUCGCAGAAAAACACGUACCCGGGCAUAUCCGAAACGCUCUUUCUGCUGAAAGUGGCGCCAAUGACGGCUUAGGGUUCCCUUUCUUAUUUCUUGCCAUCUUUCUGCUUGGUGAGGAUCAUGUCGGCAAGGCUAUCGGCAAAUGGAUCUAUGAGACCUGCCUCUUCCAGAUUGCGCUUUCAUGCAUUAUUGGCGUGGUCGUAGGCUAUGUUGCCCGUAAAAUGCUACAGUGGUCCGAGCGACACCAUCUCAUCGAUAAGCCCUCGUUCCUUUCCUUUGCAAUUGCUCUCUCUCUGUUUUUGAUGAGCAUGACGGGUUUUUCUGGUAGCGACGACGUCUUGGCAUGCUUUGCAGCUGGCAAUGCAUUUUCCUGGGACGACUGGUUUCGAAAAGAGACCGAAGAGGCGCAUUUCCAGGAUGUUAUUGAUAUGAUGCUUAACUUGGCCAUUUUCGUAUAUAUUGGCGCUAUCAUACCAUGGAAUGCGUUUCAUGAUCCGACGUUGGGCUUGACACCAUGGCGACUUGUCGUCAUUGCUAUCCUUAUCCUGCUGUUCCGUCGUCUUCCGAUCGUUCUCUUACUGAAACCAGUGAUGCCUGCAAUGAAAACGUACCGUGAAGCCCUGUUUAGCGGCUGGUUUGGACCUAUGGGAGUUGGUGCUGUGUUCUUGUCCAAGAUCGCCAAAGAAGAGUUAGAGCAGGUGUACCCAAUUGUUGAAGGUCAAGAAGAAGCGGUAGCGAUUCGACUCAUCAACCCUGUCGUUUUAUUUAUCGUCAUGUCAUCGGUCUUUAUUCACGGUACAACAAUUCCAUUAUUUAAACUCGGCAAACGUAUUCGAAGCCGUACCCUGUCAUUUGCAAGCACCAGCAGCAAUCCAAUGAUUAUGCGUAUUCCCAAACUCUCGACAGGCGGUGCCUCUUCUCGUCGACAUCAGCAUCAUCACCACCACCACCCUAGACGACCACAAAGCAGCCCAGACUCGUCCUUGACUGAGACGGAACGAAAUACGAUGAUCAAUACAGCGCAUCGACGUCAUAACAACGAUUCUGAAAGUAGUGAAGAGACGACGAUACAACCUGACUAUGCAAUUGAUAUGCAGCAAGCUGACGGAUCUGAUAUUCCAGAAGAAGAAUUUUUGCCUCCAGAUGAGAAUGAACCAUAUCCUAGCAACAGAUUAUCACAUCAACAGCUUCAGCCACCGCCCUUGAGUCACCAGCAGAAUCAACAACAUGCCCACUCGUUACCGUCGACACCGUUGGAGUCGCAAAUUAGAUUCGUUGAGCCCAUAAAGCCUCGCACAUCGUCACAACUGCAAACAGAAGACACGAAUACGAGUGGGCAUAGCGGAAAAAGCAGUGGCAACAAUGGUAGAAGAAGUUGGCUGGAGAGAAACCGCAACGAAGAUCAAGACGAUAGUCAACAUCGCGGUAGCAGCAACAAGUCCAAAUUCCACAUAUUCCGUGGAAAACAUCAUCAAAAGAAAGCGCCACGGUCAGAAAAAGAGGCGGAGAACAAUCUUGACCCGCGUGCUGAAGAAGCCUUCCACACGCCACUAAAUCCUCGUAUUGAAGUAUGGGAGGAGGAGGACAACAUUAUCAUCGAGGAUACCCAAGACGAUACGCCCCAAAUCGUCAUCAACAAGAGCGAGCAGCCCAACUGGCGCGAAAUCGUCAAGCGCACGGUCGAUGAAAAAAACCAUGCAAUCCGUAGCGAGUCAGCUACCGCCCGUUCUGACAAGUCGUUUUCAUCUUCAUCGACGGCGACCAGCGCAACUUCUCGCAACAACAAUAGUAAUAACAGCCACUCAUAAACAUACAAUAUAGCAUGCCUUCACGCCCACCUCUUCUCCCUCUAUUGCAACUUUUUCUGCUUUUCAUAGUGUUUAAUUGCUAAGUGAUAUGGCAGCCCCCGGAAAAAGAAACUCACCUACGCAUACACAUUACACAGCUUAUAAUCACACCCUUUAAUGUACAGAAGUGCUGGUAAAAAAAGGAAGGAAUUUACUCUCUUUCAUAUUUUUACAAUACGACCGUAUCAAUAGUAUGCAGUACAAGGCUAUCGUUAAGAAAUUUCCAAAAAAG